CAGUAGGCUGUGGCUCUUCCGUCCCGGUUCACUCCCCCUGUAACCCGGGUCAAACCACCACAGCGAGCCGUUCCAGCUCCGGACCAACAACUGAUCCGAUCCGAUCCGCGUUCAGCGUCCGAGUCCAGCAUGAAUGAGACGGAGGGGCUCCGGUUCCGGCGGGUCCACAGACCGCAGGUCAUCACGGACGAGCUGCCGGAGAACCGAUACAAGGGAUCCGGAACCUACAGCGGGAAGGUGUUCCAGGUGACUCUGCUGACUCUGGGCGGCUUCGUGCUUCUUCCUCUCCUGGUCAUCGUCCUCAUCCUGGAGUCUCCCAUCCACCCCGAAGCCUUCAGUCUGAAGGAGCCCCCGGCGAUGAAGGGCUGCUGGGAGCCAAACCUGAAGCUGCGAGAGGCCGAGAGACUGUUUGAGGACCAGAUCCUCGGACCAGAGUCCAUCGUCAACAUCGGAGAUGUUUUGUUCGCCGGAACAGCUGACGGGAAGAUCGUGAAGCUGACUGGUCGCAGAAUUCACACGGUGACGAGACUUGGAGAACCGCCAUGUGGAUCCAGAGAUGAGGAGCCCAGCUGCGGGAGGCCGCUGGGGAUCAGAGUCGGACCCAACGGGACUCUGUUCGUUGCCGACGCUUACCUGGGUCUGUUCGAGGUGAACCCCACCACAGGUGAGGCCACCCGGUUGGUGUCGGGGGGCCAGGUGGUCGCCGGCAGGAAGCUGUCGUUCAUCAACGACGUGGCGGUGACGCAGGACGGGAAGAAGUUGUACUUCACCGACUCCAGCAGCAGGUGGCAGCGCAGAGACUACAUGCACCUGAUCAUGGAGGCCACCGCUGACGGCCGAGUGUUGGAGUACGACACAGAGAGCCGGGAGCUGACGGUGGUGAUGGACAACCUGCGGUUUCCAAACGGGAUCCACCUGCUUCCUGACGAGGAGUCGGUGCUGGUGGCCGAGACCACCAUGGCCCGGAUACGCAGGGUCCAUGUUGCCGGGCUAAAUAAAGGUGGGAUGGACACGUUCAUGGACAAUCUGCCCGGUUUCCCCGACAACAUCCGUCCCAGUUCGAGUGGAGGUUACUGGGUGGCCAUGUCUGCUGUGCGGCCAAACCCCGGCUUUUCCAUGCUGGACUUCCUGUCCCAGAGACCCUGGAUCAAGAAGCUCAUCUUCAAGCUCUUCAGCCAGGAGGUGAUGAUGAAGUUCGUCCCUCGGUACAGCCUGGUGGCGGAGCUCCAUGACGGCGGCAUCUGCACUCGGAGCUUCCACGACCCCAACGGCCUGGUGGCGGCAUACAUCAGCGAGGUCCACGAGUAUGCGGGGAGUCUGUACCUGGGUUCCUUCCGCUCGCCGUACAUCGCCAAACUCGACCUGAGCAAGGUCUAAAAAUAGACGAAUCUCCAGACGGACUUUUCUCAGUGUGCCUGAAGGAUUAGUGUGAAGUCUGAAACCGUGACACGGCAUUCGUCCUUAACGCUGGUGUCACGAGCGUGACGUGAAAUAAAACCCGUCACAGGUGGUUUGUCAAAGUGAAAUUUCUUUCUUUUCUUUAUGAGAUUAACACAAAAUUAGGUUGAAACAUUCGCAGUCUCAGUCAGAUGAAUCCAAAUAACAGGAACGCCCGGUACGUGGUGAUUAUUAAAGCUACUGUUCUGGUUCUGAAACCAGGGUCCAACUGUCUAAAGAUGAAAUACCGAGCUAGGACCACGCCUACCUGCUCAAAAGACAAAAUCUUGUACUAAACGGCUGAAAAAUUUGCUUGCAGGCGAGUUUAAGCUAAUUAACUGGUUAGCGGAUUCACAGGUGGGUUCGUUUGCUAGCUUCCUCGUCAUAGCGCUCACUAGCUAGCUAGCUAGCACGAUCAGCAAAGCCCUGUAUUUAUAUUUAGCAGGCAAACUGGAGGAAUUCUGUACGCUGUAUUGUAGGUUCAACAUUACUUUGUUCUUGCCCGCUGGGACUCGGGUGAUAUUUCACUACCUCUGGGUUAGCAUUGCUACUGCUACUAGCUGCCAUUUCUCACUUUAAUGUGUGGAGCCCACAGAUGUCUAUUAAAGUGUGUUCUGUGUUUGAAAAAGGUAUUUUAAUUACUGGAAACGUCCACAUAUAAGCUAUGCUACCAUCGUGGCAGUGACUUUCCUACCCGCCUGCUGCGUGCACAUCGUAGACUGAGCAAGGAAAAUUAAGUUGAAUUACUUCAGUGAGUAAUUAAACUAGGUUGAUGUGAGGCGCCAUGUUUGUUUGGACACUUCUGUAUUAUUUAGCACCAAGUCCAGUUAAUAAUAAUAAUAAUAAUAAACAUUACACAGUAAAUGUUAGCGUGCUACUGCAGUCGAUUGCACUGUUAACAAGUUGGAAUAAGGAGGGUUUUGUUCCAACUCUGCUGACGUCCUACAGGAUCAGAAGAUAAUAAUAAUAAUAAGAUUUGGCCGUUUGUUCUGCAGCAUUAAUCCACGAUACCGUACGUACGAGUUUCCCACAAACGUUUCCCAACAUCCAUCCAACUUGGCCCCACGACUGGGAAACUUCAAUACAUCCGACUUUCAGCUGCAUUCAUGCAAUGUCAGGAAACCAACACUUACUCUGAGCUGCCAGCGUUCACAUGUUAUUCCAAGGUGGUUAGCCCUGAUGCUAACCUCGUAGCUACACCAGAUUAACAAACUAAAUUAGCUUCCUUUGUUGUUGUUUGUUCAUUUAUACAAACAAACGCUCACGAGCCGAAUGGAUUGAAUUGGUGUUAAUGUGGUCGUCAGAAAGAUAUCUGGACUCGGAGGGUGACAGGAAUGCUCCCCCCCCCCCGGCGGCUCUUAAUUGUGAUUUAAAUGACGCGAACGCAGCAUUACAAAAACAGAAGUGCCUGAAGAAAAACAAACAUGGACAUCAGGUUCCUUUUGUUCGGCGUGAUUGAACUAAUAUUAAAUGAACAUAGUGUUUUCAGCUUUUACUCUCAACUCCGAUCAUUUGCGUCUUUCCCGUCUCGACCAUCCCACGACAUGAACACGUCUCGUUUCAAACUGGCGGCUGGGACCACGCAGACGGGUUUGUGUAUUUGAACUGUGCGUUGCCUCGAACAUUUCGUGCGUUUGAUUUCAGUAAGCUUCAGUAUUUGCAGGUUUGCCUGUUCUUUCUUAAAACCACAACUUAAAUAUCUUGGACUAACUCUGAGCAUCAGCUGUUCGGGCGAUCAGGAUUGUCUCAGGAUAACAAGCGUCUGAGCUUCCUGUUGGCUCCACGUCUGCAGAACCACCGACCACAUCCGGUGCCCGGAGUUAGAUUAGUCUUCAGUACAAGAAAGAACUGAAAACCUGCUGCACCUUCAGAGAAGCAGAUCUUUGCUGUGUUUUAGUUUUUCGUGUCUGAGUUGAGUCGAGGUGCCAAAUGUAGUUUGUCUCCACGAGCAUCUUUUAUUUGCACUAUGAGGUUUAACCCUGAGCUCCUGUUUUUAGCAUUUCAAACAGUCAGAUUAGUUUUGAUGUGUAUUUUCGGCUUUUUCCUUGUCGGUACGAUAGAUUUCUCUGUGAACUCUCUUUAUUUAGAUGAACCUGUUUCUGCAGCUCUUCAGCUUCCUUUUAACUAAAACUGAAUAAAAUCUGCAGUUUUAAUUCAACCUGAGUGUUUUUUUAACAUGUUCUCAGAAGACGCCAAUCUGAUACCAGUUAACUUCAUUCUGUCUUGCUUUGGUAGUUUUCCAUCAUUCCUGUAAUAAAACGUCACAAAUUCAA